CCUGCAAAUCAGAGACAGACCUUAACUAUCCACGAAGGAUCCAGACGGUUCCCUGCCUCCGUCCUGGUGCCAGAGUUUGUGGCUGGCUUUUUUUUGGCCACGCUGGGCAGGCCACGGAGACCCUAUGCUCAUAGCGGUGCUCGCGCGGGGCAGGUUGGGGCCACGCCGCUCCGCAAGCAGGCCUUAACUAAGGUUAAAAGGCUAAGUCCCGUGUCCCUUCCAGCUCCACUCUUGCAAAGCCCGGGAGCCCGAAGUCAUCCCGCAUUCCUCGGGCUUGGAGGCCCCGGCCCGGGCGCGCGUCCGACACAGCGGAGGUCCCCUAGCGCCCCCUACAGCCACGCGCGGGGUGAGACGGCGCAGGGUCCUGUUCCUCCGCACCACGCCCGGGACCCCACCCAGCGGCGGGCGCCCCGAGACCGCGCGAGCGCCCGCACCUCCCGGCUGCAGAAACGGAUCGUGGGGCCCGGCGGGCGUGCUGCAUCCCAGAUCAACUCAGAUUGCUCCGCCCGCGGCGGCCCGACUUCCCCUCCCUUCCUCUGUCCCUCCCUUCCUCCCUCCCUCCUUCCCUCCCGCCCGCCGGCGCCGGACACGCUGCACUUCUCUUGGGGCGCUCUUCCCCUUGGCCGACCGUCUCAUCCCGCGCAACUUUGGGACAGCGGCCUUUUGGUGUUGAAUGUUCCCCUCCGAGAGCGCAUGGCUGGGGAAGCGAGGUGCUGGCCGGGUCCCCGAGGGGCCGCCGUCCGGGAGGCGGUGUUGCUGCCGCUGCUGCUGCUGUGCCUGGGCGUCCCGACCGGGCGCCCCUACAACGUGGACACCGAGAGCGCGCUGCUCUACCAGGGCCCCCCCAACACCCUGUUCGGUUAUUCGGUGGUGCUGCACAGCCACGGGGCGAACCGAUGGCUCGUAGUGGGGGCGCCCACCGCCAGCUGGCUCGCCAACGCUUCAGUGGUCAAUCCUGGCGCGAUUUACAGAUGCAAGAUCGGAGAGAAUCCAGACCUGACGUGCGAACAGCUCCAGCUGGGUAGCCCUACUGGAGAACCUUGUGGAAAGACUUGUCUGGAAGAAAGAGACAAUCAGUGGUUGGGGGUCACACUUUCCAGACAGCCAGGAGAAAAUGGCUCCAUCGUGGCUUGUGGGCAUAGAUGGAAAAAUAUAUUUUAUAUAAAGAAUGAAAAUAAGCUCCCUACAGGUGUUUGCUAUGGAAUGCCCCCUGAUUUACGAACAGAACUGAGCAAAAGAAUAGCUCCGUGUUAUCAAGAUUAUGUGAGAAAAUUUGGAGAAAAUUUUGCAUCAUGUCAAGCUGGAAUAUCUAGUUUUUACACUGAGGAUUUAAUUGUGAUGGGAGCCCCAGGAUCAUCUUAUUGGACUGGCUCUCUUUUUGUCUACAAUAUAACUACAAAUAAGUACAAGGCUUUUUUAGACAAAGAUAAUGAAGUAAAAUUUGGAAGUUAUUUAGGCUACUCCGUUGGAGCUGGUCAUUUUCGGAGUCCGCAUACUACUGAAGUAGUUGGAGGAGCCCCUCAACAUGAACAGAUUGGUAAAGCAUACAUAUUCAGCAUCGAGGCCAGAGAACUAAACAUCUUACAUGAAAUGAAAGGUAAAAAGCUUGGCUCCUAUUUUGGAGCUUCUGUCUGUGCCGUGGACCUCAACGCAGACGGCUUCUCAGACCUCCUCGUGGGAGCUCCCAUGCAGAGCAUCAUCAGGGAGGAAGGCAGAGUGUUUGUGUAUAUCAACUCUGGCUCAGGAGCAGUAAUGAACGAAAUGGAAACAGAGCUCCUUGGAAGUGACAAAUAUGCUGCAAGAUUUGGGGAAUCUAUUGUUAAUCUUGGAGACCUUGAUAAUGAUGGCUUUGAAGAUGUUGCAAUUGGAGCUCCACAGGAAGAUGGCUUGAGAGGUGCUAUUUAUAUUUACAACGGCCGAGCAGAUGGGGUCUCACCAACGUUCUCACAGAGAAUUGAAGGACUUCAAAUCAGCCAAUCAUUAAGUAUGUUUGGACAGUCUAUAUCUGGACAAAUUGAUGCAGAUAAUAAUGGAUAUGUAGAUGUGGCAGUUGGUGCUUUUCGGUCUGAUUCUGCUGUGCUGCUGAGGACAAGACCCGUAGUGAUUGUUGAAGCUUCUUUAAAACAUCCUGAGUCAGUAAAUAGAACAAAUUUUGACUGUGUUGAAAAUGGAUUGCCUUCUGUGUGCAUGGAUCUAACACUCUGUUUCUCAUACAAGGGCAAAGAGGUUCCAGGUUAUAUUGUUUUGUUCUAUAACAUGAGUCUGGAUGUGAACCGGAAGAUAGAAUCUCCAUCAAGAUUUUACUUUUCUUCUAAUGGAACAUCUGAUGUGAUUACAAGCAGCAUGAAAGUGUCAAGCAAAGUAGCUAACUGCAGAACACAUCAAGCAUUUAUGCGGAAAGAUGUGCGGGACAUCCUCACCCCAAUUCAGAUUGAAGCUGCUUACCACCUUGGGCAUCACGUCAUCAGUAAACGAAGUACAGAGGAAUUCCCCCCACUUCAACCAAUUCUUCAGCAAAAGAAAGAAAAAGACAGAAUUGAAAAAACGAUAAAUUUUGCAAGAUUUUGUGCCCACCAAAAUUGCUCUGCUGACUUACAGGUUUCUGGGAGAAUUGGAUUUUUUAAGCCACAUGAAAAUAAGACCUAUCUUGCUGUUGGAAGUAUGAAGACCUUGAUGUUGAACGUGUCCUUGUUUAAUGCUGGAGAUGAUGCGUACGAAACGACUCUGCACAUCAGACUCCCCUCCGGUCUUUACUUCGUUAAGAUUUUAGAUCUGGAAGAGAAACAAAUAAACUGUGAAGUAACAGACAGUGCUGGCUUAGUAAAGCUCGACUGCAGUGUUGGAUAUAUAUAUGUAGAUCACCUAUCAAGGAUAGAUAUUAGCUUUCUCUUGGAUGGGAGCUCACUCAGCAGAGCAGAAGAGGAUCUCAACAUCACAGUGCACGCCACCUGUGCAAAUGAAGGAGAAAUGGACAAUCUGAAGCGUAACAAAGUGACUUUAGCAAUACCUCUCAAGUAUGAAGUCAUGCUAUCUGUUCAUGGGUUUGUAAACCCAACUUCAUUUGUGUAUGGACCAAAGGAAGAAAAUGAGCCUGAAACAUGCAUGUCAGAGAAAAUGAACUUCACUUUUCAUACUACUGCUGGAGAUUGCCAUUUUAAAAGUUAUCAAAGAAAGUGUGCAUCAGAGCAGGAUAAAGGUCCACUGGAGACCCUGAAAGACAUUUUCAGAUUCUUGUCAAAGACUGAUAAGAAGCUAUUGUUCUGCAUAAAAGCUGAUCCAUACUGUUUAAGUCUUUUAUGUAAUUUUGGGAAUAUGGAAAGUGGAAAAGAAGCCAGUGUUCACAUGCAGUUGGAAGGCCGCCCAUCUCUUUCAGAAAUGGAUGAGACUUCAGCGCUCACAUUUGAGAUAAGAGCAACGGCUUUUCCAGAGCCUAAUCCAAAAGUUAUUGAACUAAACAAGGAUGAAAAUGUUGCACAUGUUUUCCUUGAAGGACUACAUCAUCAAAGACCCAAACGUCAUUUCACAAUAGCAAUUAUUUCAAGUAGCUUGCUACUUGGCCUUAUUUUACUUUUAUUGAUUUCGUAUGUUAUGUGGAAGGUUGGUUUCUUUAAAAGACAGUACAAAUCUAUCCUACAAGAAGAAAACAGAAGAGACAGUUGGAGUUACGUUAACAGCAAAAGCAAUGAUGAUGAUUGAAGACAUCUUUCAAAUUGAGAGGACAACGGACUCAGGUUAACCAAAGAAACUUAAGAUGUUGUUUACAACACUGACUUCUUCUAUGUACUUCUUUUACUCAUGACCUUGUGACAUAUUGGGUCUCCAUGCAAAUGAAAAAUCUACGCAAUGAUUACUCUUCGAGAGGAAAAUAACUGCAAAGGGAAUAUUUAAUAUAUCCAAAGAGAAUCUUUCAGCUCUUAAACGGAUAGAAAAACACUAAAGCAUUCAAUUUAUUCAAGGUAAGUAAUCCCUCGAAGAUAUUGCAUCUGAAUUCAAUCAUAUUGAAGAAGUAAACAACUCAUUUGGAGAAGUCUUGGACUUGAAAUAGCAUUCCUUUAAAAGAAAUUAUUUACCAUAUGUGCUUGCUUCAGUAAAAUAAAUUCCAUGGAUAGGUAAUGAUUCAUUUCUAAUAGAUCUUUGAGACUUGUUUGAAAAAUCCUGCUCAAUAUCUUCAGAGAACAUACUUCCAAGAGCUGUUCCUAAAUUUUUGAAUGGAUACAAGAAGACCACUAAUGUUUUAAAGUGGAUUUUAUCUUUAAACACUUUUAUUUGUAAUACCUUCAUGAUGGGCUCUAGGAGGAUUAUGAUCCUGAUGAGCAAACUUCAGAAUGAACUUAUACACUGGUUUGAGCUUAAUAAGAUGACUUCUGAAUAAUUGUUUAUACAGCUAUGUUUUUUUUUCUUUCUGUAUAUAUACAUAAUGUUUUAAAAGAAUAUAUGUUUAUAGAGGUAUAAAUCUGCUAGUCAUCUUAGAACACAUUUUUAUUAAGGGUACCCAGGAGUAAAUUUCUAAAAUCCAUUUUCAGUGAAAUUUUUUUGCUUAUGAAAACAAUACUUAAAAAUUCUAAUUUAUAUUCUGAAACAUUGUGAAUGUUGCACUUUAGCUGAUAUUUCAAAUAUUAAUACACUGAUAUAUGUAAAAUAUGGAAACUGUACCUCACUAAUGACUCUUAAAACCAAAACUCUACAAAGAGCCUGAUUAGAGGCCAGUAUUUCGUAUAAAUUAGAUACUGAGUAAAAUAUUGACUAUCAAAUUAAGCAAAUGCACCUCCUUGUUUAGAUGUUACUCUUUCUCUUCAAAUCUAUGUAUUAAAUGUGUUUUUAUCAGGUCUAUAAGAGCAUUCUCUUCAUGGAACUAGAGAAACAAAAUUUAGAAAUCUAACUUUACCGAUUUUGCUUGUUUUCGGUGAAUAAAAUGUGCCAUCAAAAUUUCCAUCAUAGAGGUUUUAGUGACGAGUGAAAUAUUGCCUUUUCAUUUGCAGAUAUAUUUUUUGUAAUAGUUAUUCAUGCAUAUGACCUAGAUUCUGAUAGCUGCAGAUUAUAAUUUCAUCUGAAUUUAUUUAUUCUGUCUUUAUACCCUCUGUAUAAGGAAGCUGUAGGCAAUUUUGAAAAUCUUAUUGGAAGUGAUCAGAUAGUAAGACUUCCCUCUAAUUUAGCUAUUAGGGAAAAUAUCUCCUUAGCGGAAGCCCUGCCACCAGCUGUCUCUCUCAGCUGAAAUUUCUAGAAGUUACCUCUUCACAAGCCCUCAGUAUAUAAUUGCUGGCCCCAGAACAAGGUUGUGAAAGUGACUGGGUUUCACUCCUCGAAUGCUGAGAGCAGGAAACCUCCUGAACUCACUGUCUACUGGUAGUAAUUAAGCUUUCAAAACAACCCUUUAUUUAAGCAAAAGAUCUGUUUUUUCAUUACCUAAAAAACAAAGUAAGUCUUUCAGGAGAACCUCUGGGAUCAGUGGUGGAGGAUGAUCCCUGAGGCAAUUGAAAUUUGGCUCUUUUCUGAAAUGAUAGCAUUUUCGGUAUUACUGAGUACAUUGAAACCAAUGUGUUAUAAUUGUUGGCUAGCAGGACUUUCAGAAGCACAAAGAAUGCAUCUCCCAGACCGUGUGAUAUUUUGUGUAAUUUAAAAUUUGCUAUAAAUUUCAUCUGUGUUACAAAUUUUAAAACACUUUAAAGAAAAUCAACAGUUUUCAACUUCUAGGGAAUAGUCACAAAAUUGGUACCAUAACAAUUUCUUUCCCUUUUUGGCAAAUAAUGUAGAUGUUGGAAAGAUUUGAAAUCUAGAUUAGUACCUCAUCAGGGCAUCCUUACAUAAACUCUAGUCCACGUGUACCAGGCUACAGGAAAUUUCAUGUCAGGACUGAUGGACUCAAAUCCUGAAAAGUUAAAACAAUCAUCCUGUAAAAUCAGUAACUCCAAAGUAAAAGAAUUUACAUGUUUUAAGUAUAUGAAAUAGUUUCCAUUCCAAUGCUUUCCAAAACCCAUAAUUUAAAUGGUUAUAUUGCCUAAUUUUUUUAAGCUCUAGAAGCUAAUUUUUAGUAACAAAAUAGCAAAUUUCUUUAAAAAAUAAGAAUUUUGUUUCCUAUUAGGCUAUGUUUAAAGAAUGACCAUAUUCCCUCCCAUUAAAAUUCUAUUUUGUACAUUCCUUUUAUAAACAAUUACAGUUAACUUCAGAAUCAUUCAUUUCUUCCAUGCUUCCUCCAUAAAGAUUGAUAAGUCUUGGGUGUAAUCUGUAAAAAAGAUAGGUGUGAUUAUUUCAUCAACCUAUCAUUGUUCACCUAUAGAAUAUGGUACAUGAUACCCAAUACAAAUCUACCGAUAGUUAAACAUUGGAAGAGCUGCAAUCUUGUAAAACUGGGGGGGCCUGAUAACUCAGCACCAGUGAUUACUAUAAAUUCCAGGCAUUGUGCCCAUAGAAAGCUCACAGCUAGUGGUGUGCUCCUGCAUACUUUUUACCCAUUGAGGCAUAAUGCUUACCAACAAUGAGUUUGCAUAGUCUUAAACUUGUUUGUGCCAGUUGUUCCUGUUACUUAGACAGUAUGUACAAUUGUGUCUGCAUGAAGUAAGUUGAAUGCUUUGGAAAGACUGGAAAUAUCAAAUGUAAACUGUAAUCCUGCAUUAUCUGUAUAGUUUAGGGAGAAUGAUAAAUUUACAAUGCCAAUAGAGACUCAUAAAUUGUGGUUGAGUCUAUGAAAAUGCUUUGGGUGUAUAUAACAACUGAAUAAGUGUAAAGUUAUUUAUUAAAAUUGUACAUCGGUCUUUUUAUGCUUCCCUUACUAAUCUAAAAAAAAAAUAGUCACGACAAGGAGACUUCCAUUGCACUCAGUUUUGUGUCUACUGGUGGACACUUAAGGCGGGGAAAUAAUUACACUUACUUAACAUGGACCUCUGAUGCGACUUCCACUAAAUCACCAUCUACAUUCCAAGGGAAAUUGUUUUCUGAAGCAGCUGCAUGCCUCCCAGCAUCCUCCUCUAGAUUGGGUGCGCUAUUAGUCCUCGGACGAACUUUAACCUCUUCAACAGUGUAAGUCUCAACAAAUGGAAAAUUGAACUAAAUAAAACAAAUGUAAAUCGUCA